GCGCCUGAGCGUGGUGCCCGCCGGUUUGUCUCUUGCGUGCACAGACCUGUAGAGGAAGAGACAGUCCAAACCCGAGGAACGCAAACCGCUUGAGUUUUUUUUGAUUAUUUGUGCCCUUUUCCCAGGAAAAACCCUCAAGCCUGAGCAGCACUAGCUUUGCCCCCUUCCCGUAGAGCAAGUGGGAUGCUGUCCCCUUAGCGCUGCUGUUUGGGUCCGGUGCAGAGUCAUGCAGCGCAGAUAUUUCAUCCCGCACAUGUCUCGGCUGCACGGCCAUGGAUCAUGUUGUCACUCUACAAAUAUAGCGUAUUAGUACAUCUGGAAGGGCAGUCACGCUGUGGGGCACGAGCAGGUCUGACUCACCAGGAGCUAUGUUGCUGCUAUAAACAACCUCCGCGUCCCAAAUUAAAGAACCACAGAGUGCACCCGGGAGCGCUGGACACGCGUGUGCUUUGGUGGUAGGAGAAACUUCAUGUCGACAGCAUGGGACAUCAGGUGAUAAUAUUUGACUUUUCUCUCAUAAGAGGGCUGUGGGAAACUCGAGUUAAGAAGAAUAAAGAACGUCAAAGGAAGGAGAAAGAAAGAUUAGAAAAGAGCUCUUUAGAGCGGAUAAAGCAGGAAUGGAACUUCAUACUAGAGUGUCGGAAGAAAGGCAUCCCGCAAUCAAAAUACCUCAAAAACGGCUUUGUAGACACUGAUGAGAAGAUUUUGGAUAAGUAUGGAAAGACUCCUCAGCUCCCUAAGAGGCGUGCUUUGGAAGAUGAAAUAGAGAAGGAAAGAAGCAAGUUUAUUUUUCAGCUUUCUGGAGAACGGUGGACGGAAUUCCCAGAUUCUCUGAAAGAGCAGACCCAUCUGAAAGAAUGGCAUGUGAGCAAUACGUUGAUACAAACCAUUCCAGCCUACAUUGCCUUGUUUCAGGAUCUGAGAGUACUGGAGCUGCCAAAAAAUCAAAUCACCCAUCUCCCUGUGGAAAUCGGCUGCUUAAAAAACCUCAGAGUGCUCAAUGUGAGUUUUAAUAAUUUGAAGUCAGUCCCUCCAGAACUGGGUGACUGUGAGAAUCUGGAAAAACUGGAUUUGUCUGGAAAUCUGGAAAUAGCAGAGCUCCCAUUUGAACUAAGUAACCUGAAACAAGUCACAGUUGUGGAUGUGUCGGCAAACAAGUUCCCUUCUAUUCCAGUUUGUGUACUCCGGAUGUCUAAUUUGCAGUGGUUGGAUAUUAGCAGCAACAACCUGAAAGAUCUCCCACAAGACAUAGACAGGUUAGAUCAACUGCAGAUACUUCUCCUACAGAAAAACAAGUUGACUUAUCUUCCCCGAGCCCUGGUCAAUAUGCCAAAACUCAGUUUUCUAGUUGUCAGUGGUGAUGACUUGGUUGAGAUACCCACAGCGAUCUGUGAGUCAACCACUGGUUUAAAAUUCAUAAGUCUCAAAGAUAGUCCAGUUGAAACUAUUGUUUGUGAAGACACUCAAGAAAUCAUAGAAAGUGAACGUGAACGGGAGCAAUUUGAGAAAGAAUUUAUGAAAGCCUAUAUUGAAGACCUAAAGGAAAGAGAUUCUGCUCCUUCUUACACUAUGAAAGUAUUACUCAGUCUUCAGCUCUGAAGAUCCAAAAUCUCUAAACCACUAGUAGAUAUCAGAAUAAUUGUAUUUUUAUCUACUCGGAUAGAAAACAUUGGAGCCAUAGACUGAUGGAAGCACUUCAAAAUAAUCAUGGAAUUUUUCAUUUUUUGCUAUAAUUGCUCCCAGUAACUACAGAUAAAGUAAAGAAUAGAGCCUUCAUGAGAUGCUGUUUCACCUUUUAAAUCAACAUAUUUAUUUUCAACUCCACAGCAACAGGCACCGAGUUAUACAUAGGCCUGUUAAAAGCAAAUACUCAUAGUAAUAAAGUAUAUACGUGCAUAGUUGCCUGCAGGAUCAAGACACAAUAUGUGGUAGUUGAAACAGUGGAACAUAAAUGAUCUUAAAAAAGAUCUGAUCUUGUCGGAAGGGAAGAAUUAAUUUAGAAAAUGCAUGUGAUCUCUUCUCAAGACCAAAUAAGUCAUCAGUUCUUUGCAAUAUUUAAAAGGUAAACAGGCAUACAGUUGUUUGUGUUUACUUUCUGUUCUUCAAGCAUGCUGUCUUCCUUGGGAUUCCUUCAGUUUAGAUAAUUUUCAAUAACUUUCUAUAUAGAACCUGUAGAAAUUCUGCCGCUUUUUUUUCCAAGCAUAUUCUAAACAUUUAAGUGAUCACAAAUGAGGUAAAAAGGUGACUGAAACUUCUUUGUUAAUCAGGCUUAUGACAUGGUGGUGAAUUUAGUAAGCAUAAAGGGGGGGGGGGGGAAAGCGAGGAAAAAAAAAAAAGCCUGAACAAGUAACAUCUGGAAGAUUAUGAAAAAGGUCUUCUCCUAAUAGUUCCAAAUUACAGGAUUUUGUAGACAUUUAUGUGACUGGAAAUUUGCAAGUUGUGCAAGAAUGAAUUUGCCGAUAUAAAGUUUGCUUCCUAUUUAAUAAUCUGUUUAUAUAUAAUUGUGUAAGUGUAUAUACUGUAGAGUUUCAGAAAUUCAGUUUUACACAUUUGUUGUUUAAUAAAUCAAUACUUUUUAAUGUAAAAGGA